AUGAUGAAGGCCUGCUUCUAUGCAACAAUACAAUCAAAGGCUGUUCGUUAUGAAAAGUUUGGUAAUCCUUUGGAGGUUUUGAAAGUUGAUGAUGUGAACAUUGAUACCUCCGUAAAGGGCGACGAGGUUAUUGUCAAAAUGUUGGCUGCUCCAAUCAAUCAAGCAGAUAUUAACACAGUGCAAGGAGUUUACGGCAGAAGACCAAAUUCCUUCCCAGCAAUUCCUGGUAAUGAAGGUGUUGGCAUUGUUGAAGAAGUUGGAUCAAAUGUAACUGGUAUCAAAAAGGGUGAUCAUGUUAUUCCAUCCAGUGCAGGAUUAGGAACCUGGAGAACUCAUCUUGUGUGUAAAGCUGAUAAUCUUACCACCGUUUCAAAAGAUUUACCAGUCGAAUAUGCUUCAAUUCUCUCUGUUAACCCUUGUACUGCUUAUAGACUUCUCAAUGAUUUUGUUGACUUGAAGCCAGGUGAUGUUAUUAUUCAAAAUGGAGCCAACAGCAUGGUUGGUCUCUUGGUCAUUCAAUUGGCUAAAAUGCGUGGCAUUCAAACUAUUAACUUAAUAAGACAAAGACCAAACUAUGAAUUAACCGUACAAAGAUUGAAGGAAUUAGGAGCUGAUAUUGUCAUGCCUUAUUCAUUUUCUAAUAACAAUACUUCAAUGAACCGUUUAUUAUCGGACAUGCCAAAACCAAAAUUGGCAUUGAACUGUGUCGGUGGAGAGGCUGCUCGUGUUGUUGCUAAAUAUUUAGCUGACGACGGUAUCAUGGUGACAUAUGGAGGAAUGUCAAAACAACCAAUUACUGUGCCAACUGGUCCUUUCAUUUUCAAUAAUAUUACACUUAAAGGUUUCUGGAUGACCAAGUGGGUUGAAACACAUUCAAAGGAAGAAAGAAUGAAGAUGAUUGAUGAAUUAUCCAAGCUUGUUGUUGACAAGAAAUUGUUGGCAUUUAUGGAAACAUUCAAAUUCUCUGAGUUCAACUAUGCUUUGGAAAAGAGCUUUGAGGAAAACCGUGACAGAAAGGUCGUUUUGAAGAUGAACGAAUAA